AUGUCGUCGGACGCCAUCAUCGCAGGCCUCAAGCAAGGCAACGCCAUGGAAAUGGCAACGAUCGAGGAAGUCAAGGCGGGCAUGAACUCUGUACUUGACGGAAUGCUCCGGGAGUGCUUCAACCGUAGCGAUAGGCUGAGCGAGCUGACCGAGGAGCUGCGCCUGGAACCCGCAAGUGCGACUGCAACGAACCUCACGGCGGAGCAAAACGCUCAGCUCACGCACAUCAUCAAAAGAUCUAUCGCCAGCUGCGAGCGAGCUAUGAUCAGAAACGAUCGGAAAGAGCAAAGGGACGUGGAGAUAGCGACAUCAGCGUUCGAAGCUGAGGCAAGAACUAUAAAGGUUUUCACCAAUCAUGUCAAGGGCAUCAUACAGAUGUGGGUUGAGAGAAACGACCUGAUGAACACCAUAACUGAGAAUUCCAACAUCCACGACGCGCUCAUUAAGCUACAUGAGGUUGAACGUACACACAUCCACAGCGCUCAAAGUCCUGGCGAAGUCAUACUAAGAGAUUAUGACGCUAGGAAGACCAGCCGGUUUCAAGAGAUAGCGAGUACAUACAAGAAAGAGCGAAGCGCAUUCAGGAAGCAGAUCGCGAGACUUGAGCGCAUUGCCAUCAUUGCGGGGAUCGAUCUCAAAGCGACAAAUAGGAACGAACCAACCGAUGUUCUGUCGAUCCAGGAAAUGCAGGCUUCUUAUCUGAGUCCUGUUCCCUAUCCUCAUCGUGUCAGUGCUCGUGGCGGUCACGGAGGUUCUUCUAGUCAGACUCGAGGUGACCGUUCGUUGCUCUCCUUUGCAACCUCAUCCUUGAUCUUCAACGGCAAAGACUUCUCGAGGCAUUCGCCCAGUAUGCCCAAGAUGGGGUUGAUCGGUACGGUAAGUGACGUCUCUGGCUAUUCAACAUUAAAAGAAAUCCAUCGCGUUCCUGUCACGUCUACUGUCAAGACCCAAACCCGCAUCGUUGUACAACAAGGCCACUCACUAACAAAUCAGCAGAUCCGGAAGCGGCACCAAGAACGCAAAGACAAGAAGAAGGCAGUUCGCCAGACCGCCCAACGUAGUGAACAGCUCGAAGCCGACACCAACCAGUCACAUAUCGAGCCCGUGACACCCACUCCAACCCAGCACCUCCCCUUCACAGGACCCACGCGAUUCUUCUCUCUCCGCCGCAAACGCGGCGUGAGCAUCGGCAUGUCCACCUACGAGCAGCUCCCCAACGGCGUAGAACCCGCACUCAUCGACCACUCCUGCCACCUAAUGCAAUGUCCCAGCGGAGAAGACCUGCCCUGUAUGUCUCCCUUCGCCACACCACCACCCGCCGACGGAGCCACAACCCCAGACAAAGACACCAGCCCCAAAACCUGGCUCAGCCGGGUAGGCGGCUCCCUCCGCCGCAAGCCAAGCGGCAUACGCUCAGCAUUUUCAUACACGCUGCCGCGGAACUGGAAAAGCAACAACAACAACACCGGUGUCAGUGCAAAGUCUCUCGCGGAAACAGCGCACGAGUACAAAAAGUCCCAAAUCCGACGUCUCGAUCCCAGUGACAUCGAUGCCGCCAACGACGACGGGCGAGGAAGAAGUCCCCUCCCGCACCACUGGCGGGAGCAAUCUAGUUCCUCGGUCUCACACUCAGGCGAUGGUGUCGUGAACAGGAUGAGCGAUACUACUAAUACUACUAUGGAAGGAAGUGAGAUGGGUGAUUGGAUUGAUCCGGAUGAAGAGAAGAGGGAGCAGGAGUUUGAGGAUUGGAUAGUGCAUAAUAGGUUGUUUGUUGAGGGGGAGGGGCUCGAUGUGGCGAGUAAGCGGGUGUCGAGGGUGAGUGCGCUGUCGAAGAGGAGGUAUAGUGAUUAUUAG